CUCAGUAUUCUUAUUUUUUGGCCAAUUUCAGGCUCAAAAUGUUCUUAUUUCGUUCUUAUUUUACACACUUUUCAAACAUUGAAAAUUAUUAUUGUACAGCAGUAUACUGUACUGUACUGAGAGGUGAAAGCGGCCCUGCAAAAAAAUGGCCCCUGAAUGAAAGGCCCAGCAAAAAAUGGCCCCACAAAAAGUGGACUGUAUUAUAGAGGGUAUUACAUAGUCACACCUAAUGCACAUAAGGUACAGAUAUCAUUUUUUGGUUUUUCUAGUUUGACAUUCUACCUCAGCCUCAAUUUUUAAGCAAUGUCAGCCUCAGUGUUCUUAUAAAAUGUGUUCUUAUAAAAAAAAAAAGUGUAAUGCACUUUAUCCUGAUUAUGAUAAAAAGUUUAAGUUUUCGGUGCCCUGAUGGUCAAAUUUGUGUUGGUUUAAGUUGGUAAUAUAACUUUCACUUUCAGUACUAAAACAAUAAUAGUAGCACAAAGAAGAGAAAGUCAUGAAAUUACAGUCCUUUUUUUGGGAAAAUAAUGACAUACCAGCCACCAACAGUGAUGUUUAAAUCAUAGUGGAGGUUAACAUGAAAUUCUCGGAAACAUUGACAAUGAAACUGUGAAAACAAUGUUAAUAACUCGGCCUGGGUUUUCGGUCAAUUUUUGAAAAUAUAAUGCUAUCAAAAGGUGUAAAUUACCUAUGAGAUAUGUAAAAUGAAACGGCUGGUUUGACACGGAAUGUAUGGAUCUAAAAAUACAGACCAAGCAAUGCUUUAUUAUAUUGGGACUUAAUGUGACUCAAACGCGAAGAAAUUACUUUAAAAAAAAAAAACGAUAGUAAAUUUGUCUAUAAAAUAUUUUUCAAUAUGCAAUUUCGGAUGAUUUUUGUUUUAUAAGUAGUUAUUAAUGAUAUGAUGUUUAACAUUCUUCAUUUCGUCUUUGCUUUUCAGUUAUAAUGAUAUAAGGUGUAUUUCAGCCAAAUGGUAGUCAAAAAUAAAAUUAUCGUAAUAUGUUAUUUUGUUUGUUUGUUUAUUAUUUAUUGCACUCACUACAUUGUCAUAUACAGUGUACAAGAAAUGAGAGGAAGAGGAUGAGCCUAUAAGCUAGAAAGCUUGUUUCCAUAGGGAUCCUCGAAAUAUAAAAAGAGAAAAAUACAUACAAAUCUUAAGUAUUUAUUCAGAUGUAAUAAGUUUGGAAAAGUUACGGUAGCAUCUCUAAGUACAUGGAGCCAUAUUUUUAUCGUUAAAAUUUUAUACGGUACUUUUUAAAAAUUAAGUAAGACUAUUAGGUCCAGUACAAGUGCUGGCUAUGACGAUAUAAAACCAGAUGUUAUGAAACACGCAAGUAUGCACAUUGCAGCCCCACUUGCUCAUAUCUUUAAUUUGUAGUUAACUUCUGGUUUUGUACCAAUCCAGCUUAAAAUAGCUAAAGUCGUUCCGAUUUUCAAAAGUGGAAAUAAACAUGAUUCGUCUUAACUACAGACCAAUUUCGGUUUUACCAGCUAUAUCUAAAAUUCUCGAGAAUUAUUCACAAGAGAUUAUACAGUUUUAUUUCUCGUUUUAAUUUGAUACAUAAAUCUCAAUAUAGCUUUCGUUCAAAAUAUUCAGUUAUGGCAAUCCUAGAGGUUAUUGGUAGCGUUCCCUCGCUGUCAACAAUCGAGCUUUCGAAAUGGGCGACGCGGGGAGCUGCGACGGGAAUUCAGUCAACCAUGAACGUCGUACUUUGCACAUCCCAUCUCAACAUCAAAGCUGUUUCGUAGUCAACACAACGCCAACUUCCCCAUGUAUUCGCAUGCGCAGUACGGUUUCACGCUCCACUGUCCGUCGUAGAACGCCGUGUCGUCCAAAUCGAAAGCUGCCCACCGUGAAGUCAUGGUGAAGGCUAGUUACGAUUUAGUGGCACAUCGAUUGAGUAUUUUCAUUCAUCUUGCCAUGUAAGCAAAGAAUUAUUACGACAAAAGACAAAGGGACCGUCGCACACGAUCGGUCCCUAAAUUAAUUUCCGUAGUAAAAAUACUUAAAAAGUGGCCAACAAGCCAAGAAAAAGAAUUUCCAAGGAGUUUUCGGUGCACGGAGCGAGGUAAUUUCAAUCCGCAACUAGAAAAUCGGUCCCGUUAUGUAUCCACACGAGGAAAUGCAAUAGGUUGAAAUUAUUACGCCGACCGAGUGACACCCAUUGGGGUGUACCUACGCCCAUUGACACAAAGAGUUUUUCCGCUGAUGUCGGAAAAUUUAUUUUUGGCAGUUGCGUCCCCGGUGACAUCAUGAUGGCAUGGUGAAAGCUGGUUACAAUUUGGUGGUACAUCGAUUGAGUAUUUUCAUUCAUCUGGCCAUGUAAGUCAGUGGCGUAUCUAGAUGUCUUGAAAUAGGGGCUAGUGGGGAUGGGGGCUCGAUGAUCAGUUUAGGGGCGCUAAUUCAAAAAAUAAGGUGAUUUUAAACUACUUGACCGUGAUUUGAAACCAGUGUCAGUAUAAUCUUAGGUAAGCAUGCGGUUAACAUAAACAAAAAUUUAUUCCAAUGAAACUGUUUAUUAUCUUGAUAAUUUCAGACGAAAAUUCACCCUACCUGCGUCAUCACGGCGUUCUGGGCUAUCAUUUUUUUUCCACGGGAGAAACAAAUAUACCCUACGGGCAGCAGACGCCUUACAAGCGGAUAGGCCAACAGACCAAUUUUAUCCAUGGGGAACCAAUUUUAGCUGCUAAAAUCGACCCGGUGGACCGAUUUUAGCGGGCAAAAGUAGUCCGGCGGACCGACUUUGGUGGCCCGGACUAAUUUUGGCGUGACAGGCCUGUAGUACAAUCAGUGUAAAAAUGAUACAGGCUAGUGUGGAUUCAAAUAAAGUCCUAAUGGUAAUGUUCAAAAUAAAAGUCAAUGAAUGUAAGUAUGAUUGUUGAAAAAAAUGGUCAAAAUUUUAUUUUUAUUUCUCACUGACCUUCGCCUGGGCGAACUGGUCGAUGGUCUGGAUCAGCGCCUGACAAGUCAACUCGGUCAAAAUUCAACUCGGCCACAGUCAACUCGGCCCCAGUCAUCAAAGGUUGUACCUCUGGACCGCAUUUGUCUUCUUGUUUUUCCUCAAUUUGAUUGUAGACUUCCACAAUGUCAACUCCUUUUCAACACGAUAGCCUCAUGGCCUUGGAUUAUCACACGAUUGUACACCCUGCCCCUCGUUUGUAAUCCUUGUCGAUUCACGCCUAAAUUAUUAUAGGAACAAUAGUCUUUGCAUUGCACUAUUAUUCUAAAGGUUUUCUUUUUUGUAUGUGUCCGAUGCAGGCCUACAGAACAUUUGAUUAACUUAGGUUCAGCAAGUCAAAAUGAUUGAGGAAAUUGACACAACAGGUCCCGCUUAUAGGAAAAAGUACACUUGUAGAAUGAUGUCACAGUCUGUAAACAGACUGACAGACAAGAAUGAAAUGGUAACUGGUGUUAGCAGGAAACACCGUGAAUAUCUAACCCACAUAGAACGACUUGAAAAUCUACAUCAUGCUAGCAACAGGAACAGGAAUCGCACUAACUUCACGAACAAGUUGGAAAAUUUUCGACUGAGUAAGAAAAACAAACAGCUUGAUAGUAAAGAACUUCAUCAAAUGAGGGCGUUUUUUAAAACAAAGCACGAUCUGAAGUUUAACUUGGUGGAUAUUGCAAAAACUAAGCGACGAUUGAACGGUAGUGAAACGGUAUUUGAGCGCCAUCUAAGAAACGGCUCCAAUGAACCAGUUUUUCAAAUGGAAUAUAACCGUCUGCGACAUAAGGAACAGGAACUUCAGCUAUUAAAAGAUCGCCUGGAAGCGCCAAAUUCGCAAAUUCUUGCCAAGCGUGUUAUAGAUGAACUACGAAAUAUUGAUUUAAGAAGUAUGAAAUCAGAUGAAUUUAGAAUGGCGAAAUUUAAUCUGCUGCCACCAAUCGCCAAAAAUGACGAUGUAGAGAAAAGUGACGUCACAAUAGUUGCAGAGAGUAAUUCAACUGAAAUUGAAGGUAAUCAAGAGGUCCAAUCAACGGAAAGAAUCAUUUCAGGGUCUUACCAAUAUAUCGAUACAUCAGAAGUUGCUGGAAAGAAAUCAAAAUAUGAGAUCGUGUUAAACAACCGUUCAAUCGAAACGACAGGAACAAAGCAUGCGCGUAAUAUCAAAUCAAACCGAAAACGAUUUUCCAAAGACGUGGGUCUUCCGAAUAUAAACUCACGACGGCCAAUCGAAGGUCAAUCAACUCACAAUGAAACAAAUGACCUCUCACAGUGUAAUAGUAAAUUAGUUGAAAAUACGGAUAAAAAUACAACAAUGGAAAUAGUACGCCGAGAGAAGGAAACUGAAGAAAGACUUGCUGAUUUAAAAGAGGGGACAAAAUACGACAUUCAAAAGAGACGCACGUCCAGUUUAAUAGGUCUACUUGAACCACGUGACUCCCUUAAAACAUUAAAAUGUUUUGAAACGAUUUCGAAGAUGCAUCUAAAAAACUCAAGUUCUAAUAUUCUUGAUAGACCGACUCCAAAAAUUCAAAAGAAAAGAACUACGAAAAAAGAAACACAACGUCGUUCGUCUGAUGUAUGCAGCCUACCGCCCCUGAAAUUGAACACCAAUUUAGUUCGAGAACUUAAGCACCAGAGAAUAAGACACAAAAAAGAAUCAGAAGGACUGCCAAAGCUUCCAUGAGGGGUAUUUUAAGAAAUUACAUAAAGCCUGAUUACCUUAAAAUCACUGCACUGUCGCUACAGUGUUUUCAAUGUAAUCGUUGUACCGUGGAGCAGUCUCCGACACACUCGGGAAUUCCGAUUUGACCGACCAAGCUGCAUCACGGAAAGCUGGCGAUAGCGUGUACCGAUUGUAUGGAAAACAAUCUUAUUAAAAAAUUGAGCGUAUUUUAUAAAACGUCGAGAGUGAGUGUUCAGUAGAAAUUUACAAAUUGCCAAAUCAACUACAAUCAACACCAUUUUGAUAGGGCUAUUACUAUAAUACUUCUUAACAUUCAUUAAAAUGGACUUAAGGAUUAUUAUUAUUGUUAUUAUUAUUAUUAUUAUUGAUAGUUAUGUUGGCAUGACAUGGGUGUGUGCGUGAGAAAUGAUUGUAACUAGGCCUAUAUUGUAUAUCAAUUUACGAAAGCAAUAGGGCCUAAGUCUUCCACGUAGGUUGUUCCAUGUGGUACGAUACCGCUAAAUUUUGUAUUAUUUUAUUGCAAUUUCCUGCCAAUUAAUCAUUAUUUUAAAUACGUAAAUAGAACAACAGCAUUAAACAUUAUUUAAUCUAAACAUUGUAUCAUUUCAUCAUAAAUUCUAAAAUAUAAUGUAAUGAAACUUGAAAUAUUACAAGAAAGCAAACAUUAAAUACUGGCAACAGAGGUCUUAAUAGAUAGGCCUCCAAGGGGUCAUUUAUAAUUUUCAACAUUUCUAAGAGUACAAAACUCUUUUCUGUGACCCCCACCCACACCUCCUUCCCCUGGAAAGGCACACAAUACAAUAUUGACCUUUUUUUUAUUUGAGACAAUCAGUUUAUCUUUUUCACAAAAUAUUACAUAAUAGGCCUAUGCCUACGCUUUUAACACCUCCACCCCAUCUACAAGAAAUCGUAUGUUUUGUUCUCUUUUGAAAAUCGACAUGCUAAUCAGCCCGCCCACCCAUUUCAAGACUUCUAGAUACGCCACUGCUCUCGAAUAAUUGCCGCGGCGCUUAAUCGAGAGUAUUACCCUGCGUGUGAUGACACUUUGACAAACAGGGUUUUAAAUACAAUGUUGUGAACAUAAAAUAACAAAAUGAAGACGCAAGCAUUUCUUUAUAAACGUUAAAUUACGGUGACGUAGGACCUAUGAUAUGCCAACUGAACUACGGGAAUACGUGAGAUAGGCCUAGGUAACAUGACAACAGGCAUGGAAAGCGCCACUCCAAUAUUUUUGUUAUAUAAGCGCCGCUCUCGAAUCGUCUCUGAAGCCCCCAGAAAUGUUAUAAGUGCCGUGGCGCUUAUUCGAGCAUUUACUGUAGUCGACAAUGAUUAACUUAGAAGUCAAACUAGCAAACCUCCAUUUUAGAGUAUACUAAUUUUAGAUAUGGUUUAAAAUAAUUUCUGUAUUUAUUUAUUUUUGCAUUGACAUUCAAUUCAAUAAGCUCAAUCAUUAUUAUUAUUAUUAUCUAAUUAUUUAUUAAUUCAGCAAAGAAUGUUAGGCGCUGCGGUUGCGUUUCAGGUUUUCAAGCUUACGCAAGUAUUUUGAGUAUCUAUUGGAUCCAAAACGGCUCGCAAUCUAGCUCGAAAUGUUAUGGAAGUCUUCCCCAGGGAACAGAAGAUGCGUUCCAAAGAGAUUUGAUUAAGUGACAAUGUGAAGCGCUUAGGGCAGUUUAAGUGUGCUACUGUAUAUUAUAUAUAGCGCAGUAUUAUUAUUAUUAUUAUGAAUUAAUAUGUAAGGUGCCGACGAUAUUAGUCGUAAUUUAUGUCGUGCUUUUCAAUGUUAUUAGAGUGAAUGAAUCAAUAAAUAAUAUGUAGGGCCUAUAUAUAGAGUUGCUAUCAUGCGAUGAUGUGCUUAUCGACGUAUUUAAUAUAUAUCACUUAACUAUUUUGGGAAAAAGAAUAUAAUAAUAUUAUGAGAGGAGUAGCCUGACAGGAUAGAGAACACAAAUGUUUGUCCCGGAUAUUAUGUGUAUGUCUUAGUGGGGGAGGUUAAGUUAGCAUGCGUGUAUAUUGCACAUACAUGUUCUGUGUUCACAUAGUUGCUGUAAUCGUUACGCAACAUUAAGCAUUUUUUGUUUCAAAUGUAGUGAGAGUUAGCUAGGCUACACGUCAUUUAUUAUAUUUAAGAAAUAACAUGUAGGCCUAAACAUAAUUUAUUCGUGGUAAUUUCAAAGUGAAUUGAUCGAGAAAAAUAAGAAUACAAUAAAUUGAGAAACAAGUAUUUUGUAAGUUUCUUAAAACUUAUCAUGACCCCCAUUCACACGAUAAUCUUGUAUCAUUUAGAAUUUUUAAUUACUUUUGUAAUUUGUAAUUUGAUUAUGAUUAUUAUUGUAUGUACCGGUAUAUAUUUUUAUCGUGUGAUAAAAUAAAUGAAAUGAAACGAAACGAAACAAUAAAAACUUUAUUAAGUUAAUGAUUCUUUGGUGUUUAGGAAUAAAAUACGAUUAUUUAAAAUUUCAAACAAAUCAGACAACUAGGCCUAGAUGAUAUAUGUGAGAUUAAAAUUACUGAUAAAGUAAAGAGUAUCUCAACAGAUAGUUUCCACCCCAUAAACGCAUCUUUUAUACUUGGCUACCCUCUGGUCGGUUAAAAUCACAAAACUGUAGAACAGAUAGAUAACACAACUCAUUUGUACCACUCAUUAGAGUUUUUAAUAAAAUAUCAAAUAAA